AUGGCCCGAGCUCCCAAAUCCACCGGCAUUGCCCUCUCCCUCCUCCUGCUGGCAGCCGCCGCCACCGCCUCGGCCCUCCCUCUCCUCAACUCGUCGCUCCCCGACCCCGCUGCCGUCGUCGCCGACUUCCACAGCAAGGUGGCGACGUCGCGGCGGCGGAUGCAGGAGGCCGGGGCUGCCGGCGGCGGCGGGUGCAUGACGGGCAACCCAAUCGACGACUGCUGGCGGUGCGCGGGGACGGACUGGCGCCAGGACCGGCAGCGCCUGGCGGACUGCGGCAUCGGGUUCGGGCGCAACGCGCUGGGCGGCAAGGGCGGGCCGGUGUACGUGGUGACGGACUCCUCCGACCGCGACCCCGUGAACCCGGUCCCGGGCACGCUCCGCCACGCCGCCAUCCAGGAAGGCCCGCUGUGGAUCGUGUUCGCGUCGGACAUGGCCAUCCGCCUGAACGAGGAGCUGCUGGUGAACAGCUACAAGACCAUCGACGGGCGCGGCGCCAACGUGCACAUCGGCGGCGGCGGCGCGUGCAUCACGCUGCAGUACGUGUCCAACGUCAUCAUCCACAACGUGCACGUCCACGACUGCGUCCCCGCCGGGAACGCCAACGUGCGGUCGUCGCCGACGCACUACGGGUGGCGCACGCGGUCGGACGGCGACGGCAUCUCGCUGUUCGGCGCCCGGGACGUGUGGGUGGACCACUGCGCGCUGUGGCGGUGCGCCGACGGGCUGGUGGACGCCAUCAUGGGAUCCACGGCCAUCACCGUGUCCAACAGCUACUUCGCGCACCACGACGAGGUGAUGCUGCUGGGCGCCAGCGACGCGUACCUCCCGGACUCCGGGAUGCAGGUCACCAUCGCCUUCAACCGCUUCGGCCCCGGGCUGGUGCAGCGGAUGCCCCGCUGCCGCCGGGGGUACUUCCACAUCGUCAACAACGACUACACGUCGUGGGAGAUGUACGCCAUCGGCGGCAGCGCCACCCCCACCAUCAACAGCCAGGGCAACCGCUACAUCGCGCCCGCCGACCCAAACGCCAAGGAGGUGACGAAGCGGGUGGACACGGCGGAGGGGCAGUGGGCGGGGUGGAACUGGCGGACGGAGGGCGACAUGAUGGUGAACGGCGCCUUCUUCGUGCCGUCCGGCGAGGGGCUGGAGGACAUCUACGACAAGGCGUCCAGCACCGACCCCAAGUCGUCGGCGCUCGUCGACGUGCUCACGCAGAACGCCGGCGUCUUCGGCGAUCCCAGGAACGACGCCGAAGAAACCGGGUACAGGGGCGUCAACUACGCCGGCGUGGGGACUGGCGGUGGCGGCAACGGCUACGGCUACCUCGGGAUGGUCUACGCCAACGGCGGCGGCGAUCAGAGAUGUAGAUCACACUCGGCGCUGUCAUUGAUUUCUUCAGUUAUCACCCUCAUUGCGCUAGGAUGCUGCUUGCGCUUGUUGUAA